GGGCUUCUGGAGAAUGGGCGUGGCCUCUGCACAGGUAAGCUCCCCUGCGCACCUGAAGCUCCUGCAAACCUAAGGCAGGGCGCCGAGGUCGGUCUGGGGCAACUGUUGGCGUUGCUCGCUGUACUUCUGAUCCUGCUGUACUUCUCUCGCCAGCCCCAUGGUGCACUCCCAGCUACCUGUCCUGUCUCUUCUCUGCCUUCUCUGCUGGGCACUCCUGUUGCUGCCCCCGGAGAGCCAAGGUGUCAUCAGCUUCCCUGGGGAAUAUUCCAAGGUGCACGCCAAAAAUCCGGGGUUGAAGAAAGCCCUGGCCUUCGUCGUGCCGCAAUACAACCAGGACAUGAAAGACGAGGCCAACUAUUUUAAGAUGCAUACUGUGUCGGCGGGGGCGAAGGAGUAUAAAGGGCGCUUAUACUAUAUUAAGGCGAUCUUCCUGAAUACUGCAUGUAAAAAGACGGCCGGUAAGACAAUGACAUUUAAGGAGAUCCAGCAAUGUAAGCAACGUCCAGGCAAACCGGAGAAACAAACCUGCUACCUAAAAGUAAUAUGUGGUCCUAAGCGCAAUGAACAGACCUUGACAAUCAUAUCCUGUAGCUAAUCUGGACCUCCGAAGGACCCCUUAUGCGCAGGCGAAGGAAUCUGAGGGUGUCCAGCAGCCGAGCAAGUUCCGGUGUGCAAGCUGUGUUCACAGCAAGCUUUGCUUCUUCUCACACAAAUCGGGAAAGGAAUGGUUCGCUUAAGCCCAAAUUCACAUUUUCUGAGUUUCUGAAAUUGUUCCUUGACAUACACGGAGGCCUUUUCUGGCGCUUCUGUUUUCUGUAAUUCUCAUCUUUGAGAAGAAUCGACAUUUUGCUAGUUCAGUUGAUUAGUCCUAAUAAAGCGAUCAUGAUGACGUUCCGUCUUGUCUUCCUUUCUUGUCCAAAUCCCAUCCAGCCUUCCCGUUUUCCCAGCCAGAGCACAAAGACAGCCUGGCUUGUUGAAGGCAGCCUCUGGCUAGGAAGACUUUGCUCUGA